GCUGAUGUUACACCUCCUCUAAUGCAGAGGGAGUGUGCCAAGUUCUCCGGGUAAAGAGCGUUUACAGUAACAGGAAAGAUGUGUUUGGCAAUACCUCAUCACUUCCUGCAUCAGCUCAGCUGGACUCGCCAAAAGACUAAGUGUGUCACUCAACGCACACGAGCGAUUUAAGUGCUUUCAGGUUGAUGAUCAGGAAGAGGGUUCCUUCGGUCACUCACGUUAUAAUAUUUGGGUAUCGUCGCUCUGUGUGUCUGGAAUUGAUGAAAAACUGCAGCGUUAUGAAAGGUCUGUACUGCCGAGCUGUCAGUGAUGCCGACCCCAAGUUCGUCAUCCAGGAAACGACUCUCCCAGAUGUCUUAAGCAGCCAUCAGGUCAGAGUUCAGGUGAAGGCGUGUGGACUCAGCCCACUGGACUUUAAGCUGCUCAGAGACAUGGGGAUGCAGACAGAUUUCAUUCCUGUCGGCAGAGAGGUGGCCGGGGUCGUCCUUCAAGUUGGUCCCAAAGUUACGUUCUUUCAGCCGGAGAAUGAAGUCGUAGGUAUCCUUCCCCUGGACUCUCCCUGCUCUGGACUUUGUGAGGUCAUUGACAUGGAUGAACACUAUUUAGUUCAGAAGCCGGAGAAGCUCAGCUCGGCGUGUGUGGCAGGAGCGCUGCGUGACGGCCUUUGUGCUUACACUGCUCUGCACACACAUGCUCGCAUGGCGGCCGGACACACACUCCUGGUCAUGGACGGAGCCAGCUCUUUUGGCCUCAUGUGUAUCCAGCUGGCUUGUUAUCACGGGGUGAAGGUGCUGACGACGUCACACUCGCCACAGAAACACGCUUUCCUGGAGCAGCUUCGGCCCAGCGUAGGUGUUCAGGAUCCUUUAGUAGCCAGAGUUAUUCCGGUUUAUAACGACUCCUCAGACCUGCUGUCGGCAGUUAUGGAGGAGACGGGAGGACUGGGAGUGGAUGUGGUCGUUGACUCUGGAGUUCGUCUGCAUGACGGGGAGGAGGAGGAAGGGGACCCAGAGGAGAAGAAACUACUUGCACACAAACAUGACAUCAUCAGUGUGCUGGGAGUGGGCGGGCACUGGGUCACAUCCCACCAAAACCUGCAGUUGGAUCCUCCAGACUGCAGAUUACUUCAUUUAAAAUCAGCUUGUGUGUCUUUCCUCAACCCUGAAGUCUGGACAGCAUCAUCAUCGCAGCAAGGAAGAUACCUUCAUAUUCUUAAGGAUAUUGUAGAGAAGAUAUCAGCUGGAGUACUCAGGCCUCAGCCCGAGGAGGCGGUCCCUCUCUAUGAAGCCACAGUUGCCAUGGAGACUGUCCAGCGUCACCCGAAGAAAAAGGCUGUCGUUCAACUCUGACCCGACCGAUCAGAGCGAAAAGAAAACGGCACGCAGUUC